AUGGACGACGUCGUUCGCCAGUCAGUCCAGCUUAUCGAACAAAAGAAGAGGACGAGCACACCAUGGCAAAACGACACCCCAAGCGCUCAGCCGUACUAUUACUUCGGUGACAACGGCUGGAAAGCGCAAGAGAGCACUUCGCCAAUGCCGGCGCUCCCCAAAAAUUUGGACCCGCAAAAGCUAGCGCUCUACUCUUGGAACAUAGACUUCAUGCUUCCAUUUGCAAAGAGCCGUAUGCGAGCAGCCGUCUCGCAUCUCAAGCACUUGGUCACUACAGCUUUAGACCAAGAAGAUACCACGACAGUCAUAUACCUUCAAGAAUGCGUAUUGGGAGACCUUGAAACCAUAGCGGCCGACGAGUGGAUCCGGAAGACAUYCGCUUUGACUGAUAUUGGUGUCGAGAAUUGGUCGUCUGGUCAUUAUGGGACUAUCAGCCUGAUUGAUCGUCGCCUUCCAAUCUCAUCCUGCUUUCGAGUACACUACUCMAAAUCUCGCAUGGAGCGGGACGGCUUGUUCGUAGAUGUUAUCAUCAACAACAAGACCGUUCGACUUUGCAAUACACAUCUGGAGAGUCUUGCAUUGGACCCGCCAUACCGAAUACCGCAGAUGCAGAUCUGCGCGGAGUAUAUGCACAAGCCUUCUAUACAAGCUGCUGUGUUGGCUGGAGAUCUCAAUGCCAUUCAGCCUUUUGAUAGAAAUCUGCACUUAGACAAUGAGCUCAAGGACGCGUAUCUCGAACUUGGUGGCAAAGAGGAUGAUGCUGCAGGGCAUACCUGGGGCCAUCAGGCAGCUACAUCGCAGCGGGAGCGAUUCGGGACCAGCAGAAUGGACAAGGUGUACUUCUGUGGCGACGUUGAGCUGUUAUCCUUUGAARAGUUCGGCGCGGAUGUUUUGGUGGAAGAUCCAGCAGAGCGGGACCACUUGGUCAGGCUAGGAUUUGACGCGCCUUGGAUAACCGACCACUUAGGCGUGAAGGCAGUCUUGAGGAUUUCCGGAUAG